AGCUCGACUUGGUUUUUCAGCUAUUCACCAUCUUCAGGCGACGGAGCGACCGGGAUUCCGUACCCCCGGCAGGUGUGUGUGUGCCCAGUCCCCGGGACCGAGCUACUGACCGUGCCGAUUUCCUGCAGUUAUUGGGCGGCCAGCCCGGGCUCUCGCUUCCUCCGCCCAGCUCGGUUUCAGGCUGCUCCUCUGGUUUGAUGUUUUUUAAACCUGGUUCUCAUUUGCUGGUUUGGCAUCAUCAGGCUUUCAUAUUAUGGGUUAUUUGAGUUCCUCCCCUCUUUAAUUCCUUUAAAGCUGUGAAACAUUAAGCACUUUGUGCUAGUCCUCCGCCGCCCGUUUUGUUUCACUCUCUCGCCUCUGCCAGUCCCGCUCUCAUUGGUUCCGCUGUCGCUGAGGAGGUCAUUUCUCCUGUCGAGGAACGGGACAGAAGGGAACCGGUUCGUCGGCCAGUGUUUCGCCGGCCAGAGCCUCGCCCAAUGCCGCGGGAGGACUGAGGACACAGCGGCUUCCCCUCUCAGCUCGGACUGCAGUUCUACUGUGUAUUGUUCUUGGAAACGUUUCAUCCUGAAUGUUGAUGAUGCAAUUUAGUUUAGUGCUACUAUUUGCCUUCAUUCUUGGGGCUUCCUGUGCUCUCAAUGCUUUUGCCCCCCAGCACAGCUCUUCGGACCCUUGCUAUGAUGAAGGAGGGCAGCCUAAGCGCUGCAUUCCUGAUUUUGUCAACGCUGGCUUUGCCAGGGAAGUGCAGGUGUCCAGCACAUGUGGGAGGCCUCCAAACAGAUACUGCUUCUUCAAUGAGAAGAUGGGUGUGAAAACUAAGAUGUGUCAGAUCUGCGAUGCUUCAGAUCCCAAGCACGCUCACCCUGCCACCUACCUGACCGAUUUAAACAAUGCUCAUAACCUCAGCUGUUGGCAGUCAGAAGAGUUUUACAAUCCCAUGCACAAUGUCACACUGACUCUCUCUCUGAAUAAGAAAUUUGAAAUUACUUAUGUCAGUUUGCAGUUUUGCUCUCCUCGGCCAGAGUCUAUGGGGAUAUUUAAAUCGAUGGACUAUGGGAAGAACUGGGUUCCCUUUCAGUAUUAUUCCUCACAGUGCCGCAAGAUGUACAAUAAGCCAAACAAAGCAAUUAUUUCCAAGCAGAAUGAGCAAGAAGCUCUCUGUACAGAUGGAUACACUGACCUCUACCCUUUGACAGGCGGGUUGAUUGCAUUCAGCACACUCGAUGGACGACCCUCUGCCCAAGACUUUGACAGCAGUCCAGUCCUGCAGGAUUGGGUGACAGCCACAGAUAUUCGGGUCGUAUUCAGCAGGCCUCACCUCCAGCGGGAGCUAGACAGACAUUACAGUGGCAGAGACGGGAAGGAGGAUGAGGCAAGUAUGGUGAGAGAGUCCUACCAUUAUGCGGUGGCCGACUUGCAGGUCGGUGGGCGCUGCAAGUGUAACGGGCACGCUUCACGCUGCGUCAAAGACAAAGAGGGCAAUCUGGUUUGUGACUGUAAACACAACACCGCUGGGCCAGAGUGUGACAGGUGCAAACCCUUUCACUAUGACCGACCGUGGCAAAGAGCAACUCUUAGAGAAGCGAAUGAAUGCUUGGCUUGUAGCUGCAAUCUACAUGCCCGGAGGUGCCGAUUCAACAUGGAGCUGUACAAACUCUCUGGACGAAAGAGUGGGGGUGUUUGUUUAAAUUGUCGGCACAACACUGCAGGUCGACAUUGCCAUUACUGUAAGGAAGGAUUUUAUCGAGACCUCACCAAAGUCAUUACUCACCGAAAGGCAUGCAGAGCUUGUGACUGUCAUCCUGUUGGUGCAGCUGGUAAAACCUGCAAUCAGACAACAGGACAGUGUCCAUGCAAGGAUGGUGUGACUGGCAUCACAUGCAACCGUUGUGCUAAGGGUUACCAACAGAGCCGAUCUCCAGUUGCUCCUUGUAUCAAGAUCCCGACUGUAUCUCCGCGGUGGGUGGCUAGUAGCACAGAGGAGCCUGCAGACUGUGAAUCCUACUGCAAACCAGUGAAAGGAAACCUGAAGAUCAACAUGAAAAAGUACUGCAAGAAAGACUAUGCUGUUCAGGUUAAUGUUCUAGAUAUGGAGACAGUAAAUGAAUGGGCAAAGUUCACCGUGAAUAUUGUGUCAGUUUUUCGAAGCAGAGAUGAAAAGAUUAAACGGGCAGACCAGUUCCUAUGGAUUAAUAUGAAAGACUUGGCAUGCAAGUGCCCAAAGAUCCAAAUGACCAAAAAGUACCUAGUGAUGGGGAACACUGACAGCGUGGCUGAGAGGCUUGGAGGCCUAGUAGCAGAUAAGAACAGCCUUGUCAUUCAGUGGCGAGAUGUGUGGACAAGAAGACUGCGGAAAUUCCAACGUAAAGAGAAAAAAGGGAAAUGUGGGAAAGCCUGAUUGACUCAUUCAGACAAAAAAACUCUGUGAGAAGCAUCAUGGGCAUCAAUGUAAAUACACUUUGGUUCAAAAUAUUUACCUUUCAGAAGAUGCUGAAGGGCAUUAGACUGUGAGGAGGGGACUAGAGGCUGGAAACUACAUCUUAGUCAGCACAGCAAAACAAAGUUGUUGGCUGAAUAUGCUUUUAACAUUGCUCAAUCCUUUUCUAAAUGUGGUCAUGAUUCCUUUUGCUGGGCUGAAGGUCAGACUGCAAUAUUAGCUUUGUUGUCUGAUUGCAGAGCCCAUGUAGAAUCUGACAAAGGCACAUACUACCCGUGUCCUACCCAUUGGUUGGCUGGCUAUUCUUGUUGAAGUCCACCAUACCCCUUUUCUUUUCGCCUGUUAUGACUAACAUAUGAGGCAAAAUGUGGUGGUCUAUGUAAGCCUGACAGCUGUGCUGAACGCAGAGUGUAAAUAUGGACAGGUUCCAGGAGUUUUAUAACAGACAAAGCAUUUGGCAUGCAGCAAGUUAUCUGUUAACGUUGUGUAUUUUGAACUGUGGUUUGAAAAUAUCCAAUUUCAAUUAGAUUUUGCAAAGCACGUUAACAUUGUAAAACCCUUUUGUCUGACAUGCAACCUUCAGUCUAAUGAAACAUUUCCUUUUCAGUAUUUCUUUGAUCACCUUGCCAGACAAUCUGUAAUAACAGUACUGCAGUAUAGACUACCUUCCAAUAUACUCACCCUAACCUUCCAUAUGCAGUGCCCUCUGAUAUACCCCCAUCACCCUCCAACAUAUACCCUCUUCACCUUCUGAUAUAUACCCUCUUCACCCUCAAAUAUACCUUCCUCACCCUCCAAUACAUUCUACCCUCCAAGAUACUGUACCUUCCAACACACCCUCCUCGCUCUCCAAUAUACCAUACCCUCUGAAGUACUCUCAUCUACCUCCACCAUACUGUGGAGGUGUCGGUGUUGGACUGGGGUGGACAAGGUCAGAUAUCACACAAUACCAGGUUAUAGUCCAAUAGGUUUAUCUGAAAUCUUAAUUAGUUUGUACAGUUUUUGAUUACUUAUUACCUUGGUUAGACCCUCGGUAUGCAACUCUUAUACCUAUCGUGUUAUUCCAGUCUUUUAGUUUGUCUCCUGCAUGACCUUAUUCUUAAUUUUUUUUGUAAUUACCUCUCUGCCUCAUUUAAUUGGAUUAUAGGUCAUUCCUUCCCUUCUUAUUCAGCUGUUGACACUUUUCUCAUACUGUCUAACACUCUUGGUCACCUGCAGAGACUUAUUAUUCAACACUCCAUAUUCAACGCUCCACACCAGUUGUAUGAUUUUUUGAUCUCUCUGCCCUUGAUUAAAUUCUGUGUCCAUGCGCUCCCUCACUUCACCUGAUGAAGGGGCUGCGCUCUGAAGGCUUGUGUGAUUUCAAAUAAACUUGUUUGACUUUAACCUGGUGUCAUACAACUUGUCAAACAUACUAUCCCCUUUAAUAUCACACCUGCCAAUGUAGCAUUACCCUCUGAGAUACCCUGUCAUCCUCUAAUAUACUGCAGCUGUUGCUUUACUCUCCUCAACCUUUGAGACAUUGCACCCACUGAUACUGAGCACCUCCAAUUUUCUGCUCCUUUUGAUAUACCACAUCUUGUGUAAUGGCCUACCAUGUGAGAUAUGGCACCCUCAGAUAAAGAAGUCAGUCUUGCCUCAGUAAUAACACCAUGACCUCAGUGAAAAGUUGCUGGUUCCAGUCCACAUCAGAGACUUGAGCACAUUUCAUCUAGAACAUUGGUAAAAAGGUCCCUCUGCCCUUCAAAUGGAUGUAAAUGAUCCCAUUACACCAUUUGCAAAAGAGCUGAUGUGUUGGCCAAUGGUUGUUCUUUACCUGGCAAUACUAAAACUGAUUGUCAGAUUAUUAUUUUGUUGAUCUUUGUGGGAGUUUUGGUGAGCUAAUUGAUUGCUAUCUUUUCCUGUUUAUAUUUUUAGAACAGGAACAUUUUAAAAAAAUUAAUUUUCUGCAAAAUGCUUUGAGCUACUCUGUGGUGCUAAAAAGUGUGCCAAAUUGUAAGUUUUUCCUUACUCCAUCAUCCAAUAUUCUAAAUCCUACAAUUUAACAUUGUUCUAAAUAUCACAUCUUCAAAUACCUAUAUUCCUCAAUACACUAUGAUCCAAUAUGCUAUUUCGCAACCUUCUAUAUGCAAUAUAGUACAAUCAUCCAAUUUAUCACAUCCUCAGUAAUGCUGCCAGUAAAUUCAAUUCACACUCUAUUCAUCAAGAACAAUGGCAAUAACAUGUGUAAACUACACAAUAUACAACUGUGUAAUGUGAGGAGGAGAAGUUUCAAAAGAACUUGGACAGGCUGGUGGAAUGAGUGCGAUGGUGGAUCUUGAAAUCUGAUGAGGAGAAAUGUGAAGUUAUUCAUAACUGUAGAAAGAUAGUGAGGAAUACAAAAUAAAGGGUAUUUAUAAGGAGGUUCAGAAGUAGAGUGAUCUAGGGGAUUAUGUGUACAAAUCAUUUAAGAUUGUUGGGAAAGCGUUUAAUAAAUGCUAUGGAUACUGGGUUUUAUUAAUAGGCACAUAACAAAAGCAAGGAAGGUUAAAACUGUUUCUGUGACAACCUAUGUAUUGUGCCCAGUAGUAGUAAGAACUUUAAGAAUGAGGCAGUGGCAUUGGAAAGAAUGCAGAAAAGAUUAAAAAGAAUGAUUCCAGGAUGAAAAUUUUCAGUUCCAUGAAUAGAUUAGAGGAGCUGAGAUAGUUUUCCCUGAAGAAGGAAAGACUAAGAGGAAAUGUUAUUGACAAGGUGUAAAUGAUAAGGACAGUAUAGACAGGGAGAAACUGUUUCCCAUUGGUGGAAAGAUUGAGAACUAGAGAAUAAUGAGCGAAGGCAAUUGACAAAAGAAUCACGAUGAAUAAAUAUAUAUAGUAAAUGAUUACAAUCUGAAAGGUACUGCUGAAAGCAUGGUGAGCUCUGACUCAAUCAUGGUUUUCAAAAUGUAAUUGGAUAAUUAUCUGAAAACAAAAUUGCAGGGCUAGAGGGAAAAGCAGGGGAGCAGAACUUUAGCGAGCUGGCAUAUGGUUGACAGACGAGGCCUUGUCUGUACUGUAACUAUUCAUUAAAUCUAUGAUUCUAUCAUGUACCAAUGUUAUUGUGGCGUACAUCACUGUGAAAGACAAGAGCAGCAAAGUUCUGGGAACUUUAUCAUCUCCAAGCUUUCCAACCCUCAAUUCACAAAUGAUCCUGACUUGGACAUUUUAUUGCUAUUGCUCCAUAGACAACAUGUUAACAGAGCUGAGUAACAUAGCAAGGAAAUGCCAAAGUUCUGAAUUUCCUCAUUAGGUUGUAAACCUUUAAUUGGUAUUUCCCACUUGAAAUCAGCCUGAAUGACUGGGUUAGGUCAGGCUACUAGUGCAAGAACACUCAUAUUUUUACCCAAGAGGGAGAAUGAUUUGAUCCCUCGUCCCAGGGAGCUUUGUUUGGAUCCUGUUUCUCCUUACCCACAAGCAGUGUUUACCUUCUUGAAGCUGUUCCCAGCUACCUUCAACUAGUUGGUGUCCCAAAGCUUUGGACACAAGUUAAAUCAAAAAUUGCGAGCUUUUAAAAUGUUUGAACUUCUUGGAGUGGUUGACUAACCAUCCCUUGUUCUGCACCCAUUUAAACCGGAAUUUGGAAGUUGGAAUCUUGUUUCAGAACUUUACAAUUUUAACAACUCACAAGAAUCUACUCACUGGUCUUUGUGUGUUAAGAUUCAGUCCAAUGUUGCUUGGUCAAUGUCUUGGAAUUCACUAUCACUCUUGUGAAUAUCCCAUUAGCACACAGAUUGCAGCAAUUCAAGAAAACAGCUGUCCCCAAUAUAUUUUGAGGGCAUUUUGUGCAGGAUAGUGACUAUCCUCCAACAUCCACAUUUCCCAAUUAAACGUAUCAUAAUUCCUAAUAACUGUAUGGACAUUCCUAGCACCUUCCAACACCGAUUACAAUCUAUAUGUAAAUUGCUAAAUCUCUGUAAAAAAUACUGGUUAUAACAAUAUUCUGACUGUACAAUUAGUUUCUAAAAUUCUCAUGUAGAUGCUGUGUAAUGCAAAUGUGAAAUCUGUAUGGUCUGUCAGGAUAUCCCACUGCAUUUUACAGCCAAUGAAGCACUUUCAAAGCAUACUGCCUAUUGUACUGUAAGAAAUAUAGCUGCUAGUUAGGCCGCAGUAAACUCCCACAAACAGCAACAAAUAAAUAAGCAGAAGAGGUUUUGAUUGAGUUAUAAAUAUUGGCCAGGACACCAAAAAAUCUUCUUUGCUCUGCUUAAAAAAUGGCGUGGAAUUCUUUAUGACUAAGUGCAAAAGAAGGCUAAGCCCUUGGCUGACUGUAUCAUGUGAAGGAUUACAUUUCUAACUAUGCUGAGCACCCUCAGUACUGCAUUGGAAUGUCACCCAGCUUUAUGUGCUCAAGUACUGUGCCAUUUGGACCCACAACCUUUUUUUAACUCGGAGGCCAUCAAACUAUGAACUGAGCCACAGCUGACACUGUGAAGAGCUGUUAGCAUUCAAUUCCUGCUUCUGUGCAAGAAAUGUCAGAAAUAACCCAAGACUUUGUCAAGUUUGUCAAACUUAGUUGUACCAGUUUUGAAAGACUGCCUCAUAUUUGGGGCCUUCACACAGAACAAGUGGCACAUUCUCAUUGUUCACCUCACUGUCAUACCCUAACGUGCCAAAGGUUGGUGAAAGAAAUAGUUAUUCUCUUGUUAAAGAUCAAUUGCAUCCUUAAAAUAUUAAUGUUGUACCAAUUUUAAUCAUAAAGGAAAACAAUCUGGAAUAACAUAAGCUGAAACUGGUUGUGUUCUUUGUUACUUGUUGCUGAUCACUGGUGGCGUGGCCUGUAAUACACCACAGUCUGCCUGACAAACACCACACCGUGUGGCCAGCAUUCAGGUACAUUGUAUUGUAACAAGCACAAAGCGCUGUGAAAUGAAUGUUCAAACUUCACAUGCUGUUAUUUGCUUGUUAUGUUAUGAUUUACAAGUCCACUUAAAAGUUCCGUUUAAAAAAAAAAUUCUGCUUUAUGGUUGAUGCAGAAAGGGCGCAAUACUAGUUUCAAGGAUUGUGAUUUCCAGUUAGGGAGAAUGUGGAGAGAGUUUUACUCUGUGUCUGGAAAUGUCUUUUAGGAUAAUGUAGAAGGAACAUUAAUCAGUUUCUAGCCCUCAUGUACCAGGCCUAGGAGAGGUUGAUGACAAUCUCAAGGGAACUUUACUCUGUAACUAAGCCUUGUUGUAGCUGCCCUGGUGUUAAUAGUGGUCGUUUCCCUAGCUGAUUCCAAAUGAUUGCAGGAGAAGGUGUGUGAUUUUGUUAAUGAACUUGCAAGAUCUAUACUGCUUGUCUUUCAUUCACUCGUGUGUGAUGGGUCCACAAACCAUAAUGGUGAUUGUUGUUAAUAAUAAAUGUUGUUAUUUCAAAUCAUCACAGUAGAUGUAACAGCUUUUCAGCCUUACUCAGUGGCUUCAGCACAUUGGUUGCUGAGUAAGAGGUAGUGCUGGAGAUGUGUGGGUGCCGUAAUAAGAAUAUCUUUGCUUGAUGUUUUCUAAUCCUAAGCAUCCUUAAAAUUAGAAACCGGAAUAAUUAUGGCCUCAAUUUGGAAGCCAGCUCCACAACUCUGCAUAGUUGGCAAAUACAUGGAGGUUUAUGUAUCCGCAAUUGAUAUUUACUGGAAGGUGAUUGCAUCUAUACUCAUAUUUAAUUCUUUUAAGGGAUGUGGGAGUUGUUGGCAAACCAACUGUACCUGAAAAUGUGGAGGUGGCCCACUUCGUUGAACUGCCACAACCCCUGGGGAGUUGCUAGGAAGGAUGUUCCAGGGUUUCAAUGUGGCGUCAGUGAAGGAACAGUGACAUAUUUCCAAGUUUGGACAGUGUGUGGCUCAGAGGAGUAUUUACUGGCAAUGGUAUUACCAUGUAUCUGCUACCUUUGUCCUUCUAGGAUGUAGAAAUCAUAGAUUUUGAAGGUGGUCUCACUGCAGCUUUGGUGAACUGCUGCAGUGUGUCAUUAUGUGGUGUGCAUGGGUACCACAGAGUGCUGGUAGUGGUUUAAUGUGAUGGAUGAGGUGUUGACCAAAGUGAAAUGCUCUAUCCUGAAUAAUGUCAGGAUUCUUGACUGUUAUUAAAUCUAAAUUCACCCAGCAAAUGGAAAGUAUUCCAUCAGGGUCAUGUUUCUUGCCUUAUAGAAUGAUGGAUGUGGGGUGUUAGAAGGUUAGCCAUUUGCCACACAAUUCCAACUUAGUGAUUUGAUUUUGUAGCCACAGUAUUUAUAUGGCUGGUUCUGUUACAUUUCUGCUCAGCGAUAACUCUCAGUAUGUUAAUAGUAGGGAAUUUGAUGAUGAUAAUUCUGUUGAAAGUCAAAGGAAGAUUAAAUUCUCUCAUUGGAGAUAGUCAUUGCCUGGCACUUAUGACGUGUGAAUGCUACUUUACUGUCUCCCCAGUUGUAAAUAUUGUCCAGAUCUUUGUACAUAAGAACAUGAAUUGCAUUAGUAUCUGAGGAGUUGGAAAUGGUGCUGAACAUUGCGCAGUCAUCAAGAGAACAUCCCCAAUUCUGACUGUAAGUUAGAGGAAUCGUCAUUGAUGGAACAGCUGAUACUGGUUGAAUAUAGGCCACCAUCACCCACCACUUGUCCUAGUAAUUUGUCUCCAAUAAUGAUUUCGAUUUUCUUUUGCGUCGGGUAUGAUUCCAACAAGUGGAGAUUUCCCCCACUUCUUAUUGACUUCAACAUUCCUCAGUUUCCUCAAUCUUACAUUCAGCCAAAUGCUGAAUUGAUGUCAAGGACAGUCUCACUCUUCUCAUAUCUGGCUUUCAGCUCUUGUUCAUAUUUGAACCAAGGCUACAAUGACGUCAGGAGAUGUGUGGCCCUGGCUGAACCCAAACUGAGUGUCGAUGAGUCAGUUAUUGCUGAAUAAGUUAAGUGCUGCUUUGAUAACUUUGUGAAUCACAUCUUACAUCCCUUUGUUGAUUAGGAACAAUAAAAUAAUGGGCAGUAAUCAGCUGAACUGGAUUGUCCUACUUUCUGCAGACGGCACAUAACUGGGCAACUUUCUUCAUUGUCUGGCAGAUGUGGCUAUACUGCAACAACAUGGCUAUGGAUGCAAUUAUUUCUGGGGCACACUUUCAGUACUACACACACAAUGGUUUCAGGGCUGUGGCCUUCGCAGUAUUACCUUCAGCCAUUCCCAAUAAUGUGGAAUGAAUCUAACUCUCUGAAGACUGGAAUCUGUGCUGGUGAGAUUUCAGUAGAAAACCGAAGGUAGAUCAUUCACUCAAGCCUUCUGGCUGAAGAUGGUUGCAAAUAUAUCAGCUUGGUUUUUUGCCCUGACAUGUUGGGUUCCACCAUCACUGAGAAGAGAGAUAUUUUGGGACGCAUCUCCUCCAAUUUGUUGUUUAAUUGUUCACAAAUGUUUAAGACUGCACGUGGCAGGCCUGCUAUAAAGACCACAGGCUGAAAAACAUGUAUUUUUUCACUAAUUCCAAGUUAUUUUUUUUUGGAAAGAUUUUUCAAUGUAAGACCGAGUGGAUUCAUUUGUUAACUCACCGCAUUAUAAUUAGCUACCAUGCCCCUCUGACAGCUCUCAAAUCCAAUUUCUGCUCCAUCUUACCAAGUGCUGUUCCGGAACAUCUCGCCACUCACCAGAUAUACGGGAAUUCAGCAGCAUCCCUUGCACACAAGCCAUUUGUAAAGCCCAUUCUGCACCCAGACAAGCACUGUGAGUCCAUAGCUGCCCGGCAUGGCUCAUAACACCUGCCCUGGACAUGACAGACAGAUGGAAAUCAAUGCCAUACUAGGAAUUCCUAUUGGAUGGGACUGCUGAUGUGGAACUUCCUCCUGUCCCCAGGACUGGCAAUGGAGGCCACAACACUAGAUCAUGCCAAACUGGUCUGGGAUUGCUACCAAGGUCAGUUUCAGCACGGUAAGAUAUAGUUCAAAAUCCUUUUCCACUCUGACAGCAUCUUCUCUCUGAUUCUUUGCAUUCUAUCUCUGUUACUGUAGUCCUCUCCUAUCAAGGCUCCUUCUCUACCACUCUCAGCACUGCCUGUAACAUUUUCUCCAUUUGUUCUCAUCUAGCCCAACCCCUGACACCAUUAAUCCUGCAUGCUGUCUUGCCUACUCUCUUGCUUGGGACACCUCGCCACCUGCCUCACCUGCACCAACAGUAAUAGGUGUAUCACUGCUUUCAUUUCCUAUCAUUCCUGGUUGUCUCUCUCUUUCCAUGAGGAAGAAAGACCCCAAGAAGACAGAACAUAUCAGGUUGGAUGAUAUACUGCUUGUCAUUCUACUCCUUAUCACUGAUGAGGAGAGGAUCAUGACUCUGACAUUCUGACCAGGACUUGGACUGGCGUCAGAGGCUGCCCUUGACAGAUGGUUUUGGAAACCCCUGAGUGAAGGUUAUUCCCCCCCUGACUUGAUGACCUGCACACAACUAUGACAAGUUUCCUGGCUUUGUAUCUGUGCUAAAUGGCAUGACAAUGCCGCAGUAAUCAGAGCUUGAUGUUUCUAUUUGAGGGAGCAAAACAAGGAAGGCAAAGGAAGGCAUUGCAAGGCAGGGAUGCUACGAGAAUCCAGGCAGGCUCAGAGAGAUCAUGUUGAGAACAAGUGAAGUGCUCGAGAUGCAGCCUGGUCCUAUCCAUGAGCUUGGUGCUUAUCUCCGAGUGCGAAGUGUCGAUGCAACAUGACAAUGAUAGUUACCAACGCAUUGCAGCACUGAAGUGUAGAAGCAUCCCAUAAGUCAAUGGGUGAUGUCCCAUGAGGGAUUCUGUAGGCUGGUACAUGUCAGGUAUCCAUGUCAAUGGAUGUGGGUGUAUGUGACCAGUCCCAUGGAGUUUGCUCUGAGAUGUUGAUGCCUGGUAUCCAACAUGGAAGUCAUUCAGAGCCAGUGAUAAGCUAAACCACCCAGACAUUUGGUUUCCUGUCGAGCUUUCCCAGCUUAUUUGGUGAGUUUGGUAAGAUGAGAGGCUGAAUAUUAAUGAGGUGAGCGGUGGCAUGAACAAGGCAUUGAUCAAACGUUGAUCAUUUUCAGUUCACAUCUUGCUGCUGCUAGGGGCAGUGUGGACCUGUUGGGCCGAAGGGCCUGUUUCCACACUGUAGGGAAUCUAAUCUAGUCUAAAUCAGAAUCUGACCACACUACUUGUGAAAAGCAUGAAAGGUAGUGAGUUGGCACAUAGAUGUGCCUCACCACAUUGUCGCCCAAUUCAUCUGCUCAUUUUCCCAUAGCCCACGGUUUUGAGAUCCCUUUAAGGUUUUGCCUGCAUCUUUUUAUUUCUUUUAUUUUCAAAUGUGGAUUAUAAAAAAAGGAAGAUAUCCUUUAAGUUAAGGAAACUGUGCAAAAAGAUGGCUGCAAUUUUAAAA